AUGGUUGAAUCAUUUAUAUCUAAAGAUCUACUCAUGUCAGUAGGAAAUAGCAAAAUUGAAACUAGUUUAAUAGUAGUCGAACUUUUUGACGAGAAAUUCACACGCUUCGCUAAGGACUUUCGAGAUAUGCUUGAGAGCACCCAAACUUUGCAAACACUGAAACUUGACUCGUGUGAACUAAGUGACACAUCAAUCAAACAAUUGGAGGAUGGACUCUCACUCAAUGAAACUGAUGUGGCCCUAAAGUUAGAAAACAAAUAUACGGUGAACAGUGCAAUGAAAGUGACAUCUCAAAAUCUUCAUGAGAUUAAUGUAAUGCAAUGUAUUCUGAGCGAUGAAAAUGUGAGUCAACUUUCAAACAUAGUCACAAAGUGCAAGCAGCUAAAAGUCUUAAAAAUAAGGUUAGAAGACAAUUCAGAAAAUUUCUUUCGUGCUUUAUCAAAUAAUAAAAGCCUGAGAGAACUCAGUAUCCAAACUACUGGCAAGAUGUCGGUAUUGAUGUUUCAAACACUCCCAUCAACCUCCAUCACCACUUUAGAUUUAGCUAUUUACAAGACUGAAGGACUUGGAAAUGAUGGAUCUUUAGCUUUUAAAGAGUUCAUUUAUCGAAAUAAAGUGCUAACUGUUUUGAAAGCUAAUUGGUGUGGUUUAACAGAUGAAGCAUUUAAGGGAAUUAUUUUUACACGCGAAUCUCCUUUGAGAGAACUUUCUCUCAUGGGGAAUACAGAAGUAGACAAAGGUUGGACAGAUCUUUUCAAUGCUCUUUGUUCAUCACGCAUCACCACACUAGAUGUCCGUGCUAAUAGACCGUAUGGAGAGGAGUGUUGCACAGCUUUGAAAUGUCUACUUAAUAGCAAAAACACAAUUAAAAUUAUAGCAAAUGGUCGUAAUGAAGACGUGGUUUGUAGUAUUGCUGCUGCUCUAGCUGUCACAUAUUAA